AUGGGAUUGGGACAUGGCAAGCCAUCGUCAGACGUGUCCACAUCUGCUGGUGCAAAGCGUCUUUCGCACAUAGCCCAACCUGCAUCGUUUGAGCACGUGAAGGAGUGGCUGCACUAUGCAUUCGGGCACGGUAUUUUUGCGGGGGCACGAGCAGAUCGAAUGCUCCCAGUGCGGAUCCUGACCCCGGCUGGCGAGGUGGCUCUCGAGCAACAGCUGCCCGGAAGCCGAACGGUUAGGUCUGUGCUGCAGACACUUUCUGGAGGAAGGAACGGCAGACUGAUGUUGCUGCACGGCACAAAGGUUGUCCACCACAGCACGAGGCUAUCAGAACUGAACCUGACUGAGGAGGAUUCUUUGUGCCUUGUCCGAAACCCACCUGGCCGCUACACUCCAUGGUCUGACGAUGGGAACAGGCCGAACACGCAGCACCACGUGGUUAAGUGUGUUCUCAUGGGUGGGGGAGCGGUUGGCAAGACUUCCUGGACACGAGCGAUCAGCCGUGAAAGCUUUACCCAGAGCUACAGGCCAACAAUUGGCGCGGAUUUCAAGAUGUUGCGCCUGCAGUCAGAAGAUGGAACUAAGCUCAAGAUACAACUCUGGGACACCGGUCGGGAGCCACGUUUAUGUUACAAUUACACGGCAGCCAUGAGAGCAUUUUGUAGGGGAGCGGCCGGACUGAUGCUGUUCUUCUCGCUUCGCUUUCGGGAAACCCUGAACGAGGUCUUGCGCAAGUUUGAAGAAACAGAGGCAGUUCAGGCCGAGUGUUGCCGACGAGUUUGUCUGGUGGCCACGCAUUCAGACAUUGCGAAUCCAGAGGUUACUGAAGAGGAGGCCGAGCAGCUCGCAAGGCACAGAGGCUGGCCUUUUUUUGCAGUGUCGAGCAAGAAUCAAGUUGGCAUUGACGAGCCUCUCUUCGCGUGGCUGGACCUGCAGGCCCUUGCACAGCCGGCGCGAUUGGUGCUUUUGAUUUCUGGUGAAGGUAGCAUGUUGGGUGACGUGUUGCCUGCCGACAAGCAUGAGCCCAUUCUCGUCCACGAGGGUGACAAGGCCGAAGCUUUGGCCAUCCAGUUCUGCAAAGACCACGAACUACAAGAUGAGAUGGUGCCGCCUCUGACUGCCCACAUCCUGGAGAAUUUAGAGCGCCUGGGUUUGCCGACUGCCAAAGCAGCAGUCCCCCUGCGGCGCCCGGCAAAGGCUGCAGCCUUGACGCCGCGCAGCGACGGGGCAACGCCGAAGCAGCGGCCCAGCACACCAGGAGGCACGCCUCGGCUGCUCAUCAACGGCACCCCACGGGACGGCAACCGCACGCCACGCCAAGGCAGCGCGCCAAGCGGCACCAACCCAAGAUUCCUACAGCUUUUCCAGGACUCUGUUCAAAAGAAGUUCCGUCUGUACCGGCUGAAACAGCAGGUUGAACGAGAUCAGGAGCAGAGGCUACAGGGCAGCUCACAGGUGGCGCCGGGCACGACCCGCUAUGCUGCCUGGCAGCGGCGAGGGGACACUGCGGCCCUUGGUGAGAGGCUGUACAACGACGCCGCAAAGCGGGCUCUGAAGAUGCGACAUCUGCAGGAGAUGCAGGAGGAAGAGCGGAGGCUGCAAGAGCAACAGGAAGCCACGUUCCGGCCUGCGAUCGAGGCUUCGCAGCGCAGAUGUCAGGGGACAUCUAGGUCUCUUCAAGAUCCAGAAGGUCUGAAGAAGAGGAUGAAGAUGGAGAGGCUGCGCAACAUGCAGGAAAAGGCGGAGCUGGAUGGCUGCACCUUCAAGCCGGAGAUCGACCAGAAGUCGGAGGAGCUCAUCAGCCAGCGCCUGGCGCGGCUGAAGAUCACCUCGACUCUGUACGACUCCCUCUACGAGGAUGCCAUCCGCAGACGCGAGCGGCAUCUGGAAUCCCUGCGAGCCGCGGACUUGAAAGGGAGGGCUUCUUUAAGGGAUGACAAAAGGAUCGCAGAGUCCUUGUCAUCGUAG